AUUGAGACAUAUCGAGAUAUCGAAACAUAUUACAUGACUUCUAGCUUUGUAACACGUGUGAGUUAAGAGUAAAUUAUUAAAAAAGAAUUUAUUAUUUUUUAUCAACGGUAAUUACAUUUAUUAAACCAUGUCGACCAUACUUGAUAGUUCUUCUUUCGAUGAUGACAUUAAAUCAAAGAAAGAUGAUAACGAAUUACGAGAAUUCUUAACGAUUCAAGAAGAAACGGCACGGUUUAAUGCACAGAUUCACGAAUUUAAUGAAUUAUGUUGGGAUAAAUGUGUUGAUAAACCAGGAAAUAAAUUGGAUAGUCGAACAGAAACGUGUUUACAUAAUUGUGUGGAUAGAUUCAUUGACGUUUCAUUACUUAUUACUUCCCGUUUUGCUCAAUUGUUACAGAAAUCAGGAGGAAUAUAGAAUGUAUAUUAUUCGUACAUAUUUAUAUUUAUAUAUAAAUUCAAAUAAUAAGGUCACUUAAUUUAUAUGCAAUUGUAUUUUGGAUAUACAAUACAUAUUUCAACAACUUUGCUUA